AGGGCGGGGCUGCGCAUCCCUUCGACGGCCUCCGCAGCUGGGGAGCCGCUACCGCAGGCAGACUUCUUGUUCCAGUGCUGGUCAACAGUGAUAGUGAUGUCACUAGUCCAUUGCAUGCAGGGAUGUCUGAGGGUGAGCAGGAAAUGAAGCAGCUUUAGACAGUAACUUCAGCUGCCUAUAAAUGAACAUCAAAACGCAGCAUUGCCACGGCUGUCUGCCCAGCAGACCUGGUUACAAGAGCCAGAGGGAUGGUGGUAGUCACAGGGCAGAACAAAGCCAGUGGGAAUCUGGACGAUGCCAUGUCGAGUUCAGAUGCAGAGGAUGAUUUCCAAGACCCUGCCACUCCUACUGCAACUCAGGCAGGGCACUCGCUGCCUCUGCUGCCUCAGCAGUUCCCAGAAGUUGUUCCGCUUAAUGUAGGAGGCAUGUAUUUCGCUACCAGGCUGUCAACACUAAGACGCUAUGAAGAUACCAUGUUGGCUGCUAUGUUUAGUGGAAGACACUACAUUCCAACAGAUGCUCAAGGCAGAUAUUUUAUUGACAGAGAUGGAACUUACUUUGGAGACGUUCUUAACUUUCUGCGAUCUGGUGACCUGCCAUCGAGAGAACGGGUGAGGUCAGUUUACAAGGAAGCUCAAUAUUAUUCCAUAGGACCAUUGCUGGACAAUCUAGAGGAAGUCCAGCCUCUUAAAGGAGAAAAAGUUAGACAAGCUUUCCUGGGCUUAAUGCCAUAUUACAAAGAACACUUGGAGCGGAUAAUUGAAAUAGCUAAGCUUAGAGCCAUGCAGAGAAAAGCAAGAUUUGCAAAGUUGAAGAUCUGUGUUUUCAAGGAAGAAAUGCCCAUCACCCCAUAUGAGUGUCCACUUUUCAACUCUCUACGUUUUGAAAGAAGUGAAAGCGAGACAAAACUGUUUGAACAUCACUGUGAAGUAGAUGUAUCUUUUGGCCCCUGGGAGGCUGUAGCUGAUGUAUACGAUCUUCUGCACUGUAUUGUGACAGACCUGUCAGACAAGGGAAUUACUGUGGAUCAUCAGUGCAUUGGUGUGUGUGAUAAACAUCUGAUAAACCAUUAUUACUGCAAGCGCCCCAUCUAUGAAUUCAAGAUUACUUGGUGGGACAACAAGGAGGACGAUAUGGUGGAUGAGGAAGAGGAGGAGAAUGGGAGACAGGUGAGCGGUGGAUCCAUUCUCCCCGAGAGCCAGAAAAUACUUUUAACCCUGGAGCCCUGUAGGUCACAGGACAUCACAGUGGCCAACUGUGAUGCCGGGGAAGGCACCUCUGCCCUGCCCCUGCCUCGCUCAGGCCCCGCCCUGCCGGAGCUACCCGGAAGUGACGCCGCUGCACGCACGCGCGCUGACGCAGGGGCCGGGGCCCUGCCGAACCGGCCUGAGGGGAGGAGCGUCGUGUUCGCAGGCGGCGCAGCUGGAGCGGGGCUGAGACGCCGCCGCCGCCCUGGAGAGCCGGAAGAAAUGAGCCUAAAGUCUGAACGCAGAGGAAUUCACGUUGAUCAGUCAGAGCUACUGUGCAAGAAAGGAUGUGGUUACUAUGGAAACCCUGCUUGGCAGGGCUUCUGCUCCAAGUGCUGGAGAGAAGAGUACCAUAAGGCAAGGCAGAAGCAGAUUCAGGAUGACUGGGAGCUGGCCGAGCGACUUCAGCGAGAGGAGGAAGAAGCCUAUGCUAGUAGUCAGAGUACACAAGGGGCACAGUCGCUCACCUUUUCCAAGUUUGAGGAAAAGAAAACCAAUGAAAAGACACGCAAGGUGACAACUGUGAAGAAAUUCUUCAGUGCGUCUUCCAGGACAGGAGCUAAGAAGGAGAUUCAUGAAGCUAAGGCUCCUAGCCCUUCAAUAAACAGGCAGGUCAGCAUUGAGACAGAUCGAGCGUCCAAGGAGUUUAUAGAGUUUCUCAAGACCUGUCAUAAAUCUGGCCAAGACAUUUAUAAGCAGUGCAAAAUGUUUUUGGAAGCAAUGCAUCACAAAAGGGAAUUAAGUAUUGAGGAACAAUCUGAAUGUGCCCAGGACUUCUAUCAAAACGUAGCAGAGAAAUUACAGACCCGUUCAAAAGUUUCCCCAGAAAAAGUUGAGAAAACAAUGGACCAGAUUGAAAAAUAUAUCAUGACUCGAUUGUAUAAAUAUGUGUUCUGCCCCGAAACAACUGAUGAUGAGAAGAAGGAUCUGGUUGUCCAAAAGAGAAUCAGGGCUUUACACUGGGUUACUCCACAAAUGCUGUGUGUUCCUGUUAAUGAAGAAAUUUCAGAAGUCUCCGAUAUGGUUGUGAAAGCAAUUACAGAUAUUAUCGAAAUGGAUUCAAAACGUGUCCCUCGUGAUAAAUUAGCAUGCAUCACCCAAUGCAGCAAACAUAUCUUCAAUGCUAUAAAAAUCACAAAAAACGAACCAGCUUCUGCUGAUGACUUCUUACCAACACUCAUAUAUAUUGUUUUGAAGGGAAACCCACCCCGUCUGCAGUCCAACAUCCAGUAUAUAACCCGCUUCUGUAAUCCAAGCAGGUUAAUGACUGGAGAGGAUGGCUACUAUUUUACCAAUCUGUGCUGUGCUGUGGCCUUCAUUGAAAAGCUGGACGCUCAAUCUUUAAAUCUAAGCCAGGAGGAUUUUGAUCGCUACAUGUCGGGCCAAACGUCUCCAAAGAAACAAGAAUCUGAAAACUGGUCAUCUGAUGUGUGCCUAGGUGUUAAACAGAUGUAUAAAAACUUAGACCUCCUCUCUCAAUUGAAUGAGAGACAGGAAAGAAUUGUCAGUGAAGCCAAGAAGCUUGAGAAAGACCUUAUAGAUUGGACUGACGGAAUUACUAAGGAAGUCCAAGAUAUUGUUGAAAAAUAUCCAUUGGAAAUAAAUCCAAAAAAUCAACCCUUAGCAGCUAUUGACUCUGAAAACGUAGAGAAUGACAAAUUGCCCCCACCACUGCAGCCUCAGGUUUAUGCUGGAUGAUAAUUUACCAGGAAAGUAUUAACUUCAAAAGGAAUUCUUACACACCUAUUACUGUUUGCUGCUUGGAAAGGGGAAUAAGUUUGAGGCUAAAAAAUCAAAUGAGUUUAAAUCAGUACAUUUUUAAAGGUACAAUUAUUUUGUUUAGAGUGUAAUAAAUUGUAUUUAUUUUAGUCAAAGUAGGUUUCUAUUAGGCUUUUGUGGUUUUUUGAACUGAAUUUAAAUUUUCUACACAAAGCCAAUGUAAUUUUUAAGCAACACUAGUCCAUUGACAACUUUUUCCUGAAAGCUUCCUUCUAGGCAUGCACUUAUGUGUUUUUAAAUAAUGAGUUUAAUUUAAAUUUAAGAAGAAAAAGAUUAGCAGUACUUCUUGAAUAAUGCAAGGCUGGGCGUUCUAGCAGAAACUCAAAGGUACCAGUGUUCCAGAGUCUGAAUUUAUUCUAUAGUUGUAAUGAUGAAAGAUAUAGUGUAAAAUAACUAUGUAGAAUUGUAAAUAGGUUUAAAAAAGUAGUGUUUCAACUGUGCAUGGCACCGUGUGUAUUAGUACAAAAUGAUAUAUAAAAAUGUCCAUUUUUAGCACCUUUUAUUUAGUUCAAUAUUAACUUCACAGUAUAUAAGGAAGUACGCCAUUAAUGUAUUUUAGCAAGCUGGGUGAUGCAACAGAAUGAACUGCAGAUUUGAAAGCUUGACAGAACUAUGUCAUAGUAUUCAUAGCUUUUAAGCUCCUUCUUUAUAAUAACUCUUGGGAUCUGAAAAUGGAAAUAUUUUUUCAUCUUAACAUUUUCCUCCAUUUUUGUCAGUACACUGGUGGUCUGUUGGGUUGCAGGUAGGUGCUGGUGUUGCUUAUUUCUAAGAAGAGAAAGCAUUGAAGCAGGUUUUGGAAGGAGAGGAAAAUGGCAGACUUGGAACAUGUGGUGAUAGUUGUGGGGGAAAUGGCUCAAAUGCUCAGCUAACAGUGACUUACUCCCUUUCCUAAUACAGUGAGUUUGUAUUGUUUAGCCAUUCCCACUAAUGGGUUGGGCCUUGACCACUUCCCCCCGCCCCUUUCCCCCCUCCACAAUCCAGGCAUGCAUCAUAUGAACAUGUUUUAGAGGCUGCUUUAUUAAGAGCAUGACUCUGCUAUGAGCAAGAAAGAGUAUAUUUAUUUUUACAAAAUUGCACUAUUCCAGGCUUUAGUGAUUUUUUUUUUUUUUUUUUGAGUACUGAAAGUGAACAAGUUAAUCAAGGUUAAUACAGUUCACUUCACAAAAGCUUUACAUCACUGUGUACUGUAUUUCAUGUGAAAAAUAACCCGGUAGUCCACUUCAUAAAACAUGUAACCAUUUGCAGAUUUUUUUUAUACUCCAGUGAAACAUUUUAUAUAUCAUUUUAAAUAUCUUCCAGUUAAUUUAGUCUGCCAUGGCUUGUAUGUGUACCUGUGAUAUUUAAUGCUUUUCAGAGAGACUUUCCUUAGCUUGGCUAAGGGCUGUUCUUAAGCAACAUUAAAUUUUUUUCCAUCAAGGGGAGGGUACCUAUCUCUUCAUUGUAUUCCAUUGCUUUAAAAAUACUGAUGCUUCAAAAUUUGCACUGCAAUAAUUUCAGACCAAAACUGUGACUUGUCCUAUUUUUAAUUCUCAAAUUGCUGUGUUUAACGGUUUGAACUAUGCAUUCCUAGUGUUUUAAAGGUAACUAAUUACCCACAUUUCCCCUGCAGAGAUGCAGCAGUGAGUCAGUUGAUCACAAGAAAUUACUCUGAGUAGUUACUGUACAUUGAUGAGACUCUGCUCCUAGACUGUUUAAGACCUGAUCAAUGCUUGUAGUGAGUGUUUAUUUUCUCUACAUACAUUAGGUGCUAAUUCUGAUAUCCAGGUACACAUUUGUCUCUUUCCUAAAACUAAAUAAAUAAAAAAAAUGUACACACCUUUUAGCUACUGCAUAUUAAAUUGCUGUUAAAUAAAAAUAUGUGCAUUAGUCCUUUGUUAAUGAGUUCUU